UAGACAAGAAACUUGGUAUGUAGCCAGUGCCUCAGACAAAGAAAGAGGAAGUCAGAGAACUGGAGUCGCUACACAUCUGGUUGUGGGAUUUGGGAUUGCUUAAACAGACAGCUGUACCAAAAGCCCCUGCAGAGAUUGUAAGGAACUGGAAGAUACACAAGAGAAUAGUAGAGUGUCUACUGGUGUGUUGGGAGUGUUAAAAUAUGAGCAAUGAUUCUGCCAGCGAGAAAACCAGUACAGUUCAAGAACCAGUCAGUACUGAGGAGAAAUGGGUCACCCCUCUUCAUCUAGCUGCCCAGGGUAGAAUUGGUGAACUCCAAGAGUGGCUGAAGGCUAGCCAAAAAGUUGAUGAAGUUAUUGAGCACACACCUUUCCCAGAACCUGUGAGCCUGCUAAUGGUGGCUAGUCUAGCUGGCCAAGAAGAGAUUUGUAGUCUUCUUUUAAAUAAGGGUGCCGAUGCAAGGAUCUGCAGUGUCAGCAGACAAACUGCUCUUCAUUUUGCUGCAAAAUCUACCGUCAAUAUUGUGAAAAAACUGAUAAAUGCAAAUGCUGACCCAAAUGCUAACAACUGCAAUGGGGUGACACCUCUGAUUAUUGCCACAUUUCAUAACAAACUGGAUAAUGUUAAGGCACUUCUGGAAGCUGAUGCUGGUAUAAGGAUAUCGGAUAUUCGUGGGCAAACAGCUUUACAUUACGCCGUGUACAAAAAUGAUACAGAUGUUCUGAGAACUUUAGCAUCCGCUGACCGUGGCUUCUAUCUGUCCCAGCUGCAUUCUCUGUUACGACUGGCUGUCCUCACAUCAAAUUACAAAAUAGCACAAAUGUUGGUGGAUGAAGGUGCAGAUGUAUUGCAGAAAGACACAGUGUAUCAGGUCACUGCCCUAGAACUCUGUUUUAUGAAGCAUAACAUUGCUAUGAGAGAGUUUGCCAUUCGUCAUCUUAAAUCCUUGUCCCACAUAGAUCACUUAUGUAAUCUAGUCAAGGAUUUCCCCCAGAUCAGUGAUAAAUACAAACCUGCAGCAGCUAUGUGUUUGGAAAAAAUGUGUCUGGAAACGAAAGUCAUCAGCAGUGAGUCAAGGGAAUAUAUUAUGUGUCAGCUAACUGACUUGAUCAAAACUAAUGUCCAUGAAACUGAACACUUCAUUGCUGCCAUAUACUGGUUAUGUUCAAAACCAGAUAAAGAGUUUCCUCGGCCAUUAAUGGAAAACUUAUGUUCUACUCUCAUGUCCGUCUUUGCACAGCUCACAAGCUCCUGUCUUCCAUUUGCAUAUGGAAUACUCGUACAGCUGCAGCAGUCACAGUGUGGGCAACAAAUUGUUGCAAGCCUGACUAUUCCUGAGAUAUCUGAGGAAGUAAUUGCUUUCAGUGAAACAUUACAAGAAACAGAUUUAUCUAAGGUACUAAAAAGCUAUCAUUCUAGGACUGACAGGAAAGAUGAAACAUCUGCUGUUCCUUGCCAGUCUGAGAAGGCACCUUUUGAACAAGGCAGUACAGCUGCUGGUGAGAAUGCGACACAGAUAAUGAAUGGCAUGGACAAUGAUACAAUCCCAAGACCAGCAAACAGGGAGGCGACACCCACUUCUCAUAAUACACAGCCCUCCUCAAUCAAAAACGAAGAAAAGGUCUCCCUCAAAAAGCACAAGAAGAAGAAAACUCACAAAGGUAAUUCUGCAUCAGGAGUCUGUGGUAAUACUUCUAGCCCCCAGCUGGUAUUUGACAUUUCAAACACCCCAGGAACUAAACGGCCAUGGCACUCUAAAAGCGAAAGAUGGCAAGAAAAGCUGAAAGAACUGGCAAACCUUGAAGAUUCAAAGGUAAUAAAACUCGGGAGCCUUAACAUUGCCUGCAAGAAGUCCUUUCUGAUAGCUAAAGGCAGUAAUGACACCGAAGUUUACUUGGGUCUAAGGAAAGAUGGAACAGAGGUUGCUGUGAAAAGAAUGCCUGUGUCCAACUUUAAAUUCUUAAAAAAUGAAUGUCAGUGCUUACGGCUUUCAAAGUUAGAAAGUCCCUUUAUAGUAAACUACAUGGACUUUGAGGAAGAUAAUAAGUUUGGCUAUCUUGCACUGGAACUUUGUGAGUAUACAUUAGAGGAGUAUUUACAAAUCAUGCCACCAGCCAAAAUUAAUUCAAAGGAAAUCCUCCAACAAAUAUUUAAAGGGCUAAAGGUUCUUCAUAGCCAAGGCACCAAAAUAUUGCAUAGGGACCUUAAACCACAAAAUGUUCUCAUUGAUGUCAGAGGGGCUGCAAGACUGGCAGACUUUGGAAUCAGCCGUUGCAUUCCACAGGACCAGAGCAUUCUCUACACAAUGGUAGCUGGUUCUAAGUACUGGAGGGCACAUGAAACCAUAGAGGGUACAACAUCUGAAGGUAGCGCACCUUAUAAAACAAGCUCUGAUAUACAGGUAGCAGGUAUGUUGGCAUAUUACGUCCUGUCCAGAGGGCAUCACCCAUUUGAAGACAGUACAGCUGGAAUAGAGAUGAAUAUUCUUGAUGGAAAAUACUCCCUGGACCAUGUGACUGAUGAAGUAGCAAAGGAUUUAGUAGAAAGGAUGAUAAGUAAAUCUCCAAAGGACCGUCCAAAAAUCACUCAAGUGUUGAACCAUCCAUAUUUCUGGGACAAGUCAAAGAGACUUCAGUAUUUAGUGAAGGUGGGAAAUCAAGAAAAAAUCUACAAAAAAACAUCUUCCAAAAAAAUAGAAGAUCCUGAAUUAUUGGACCUUAAAUCAAGAGAAACUGGGCGUUCAUUUCAAGACUGGAAAUCAAAGGUACCUGAACAACUGAGGACGUUAAUGAGGCCACUUAUAUAUAAUGACAGUACUGUUGGACUCCUACGUUUUAUUAGAAACCUGCAUGAACACAGGUCUGAGGAGGCACAGACAAUGGAGGUUUUUGAAACUUUCCCUGAUCUCUUUAUACAAGUUUACAAGUUUGCAGAGACCUACAAGUGGAAUUCACACUUCACGUUAAAGACCUUUUUUGAAGGAGAGUAAAACUACUGGCUAUACAUGUCACAUCAUUCCAGAGAACGCAUUUCACUCCACUUCUUUUUAACUGAAAUAUUUGAGAUUUGGGCUGCAUUAAAAUAAAUGCAUUUAAAAACAAUAAACUUUGUUUAACAGAGA